GCCAAAAUGCAUGUGCGCUUGUGUGGGCUCACGCCUGCGCUAAGAGGUGUCAGGUAGACACACGUGAUCCGUUUUGCGAACAACCGAUCAGAUCCAUAACGCUUGAAUUUUGUCGCCCGAAGUUAUAUAUUUUUAAAUAUAAAACUGCAGACCUGAGCAGAUGUAGCCUACUCCUUAUUGGAGACGCUGAAGAGACACCCGCGUGAGUCGUAGCAGAGUGGACUGGAUGCUACACGCUUGAGUCCUCUGUUUCAGUGGGCAUCGUGGAGACAGGAUUUAUGGUCCACGGUGGGAACGGUGUGAAAAGCAGAGCUCCGUGAUUCUGGCAGUUUUCCCCAGCCUUGGUGCAUCAGCAUGGGGCCCCAGGGUGAUCCCAGCCCCUCCCACGCCUCCUUCGACAGCUUCCUCCAAUCGCAGAGCUGCAAGGACGUGCUGCAGAACUUCGCCGAACUCUGUCGCCACCUGGAGGUGGACCCUCGCGACUAUCGGGUUUUCUACUCUAAGCUCAAGGAGAGGCUGAACUACUGGAAAGCCAAGGCCCUCUGGGCCAAGCUGGACAAGCGAGCCGCUCACCCGGACUACCAGCAGGGCAAGGCCUGCGCCAAGAACAAGUGUUUGGUCCUGGGUGCGGGGCCCUGCGGAUUGCGGACGGCCAUAGAGUUGGCUUUCCUGGGGGCCCAGGUGGUGCUGUUGGAAAAGCGAGACUCUUUCUCCCGUAACAACGUGCUGCACCUGUGGUCCUACACCAUCCAGGACCUGCGCGGCCUCGGGGCCAAGAAGUUCUACGGAAAGUUCUGCACUGGCUCGCUGGACCACAUCAGUAUUCGGCAGCUGCAGCUGAUCCUGUUGAAAGUAGCUCUGCUCCUGGGGGUGGAGGUACACACUGGUGUGGAGUACAGGGGCCUCCUGGAGCCAAAGGUCCAGGAUAACGGAGUUACAGGAUGGAGGGCGGAGCUUCGGCCCCCGUCCCACCCCAUUGGCUCAUUCGAGUUUGAUGUUUUCAUCUCUGCAGGAGGUGGCCGCUUUGUCCCAAAAGGCUUCAGGAGGAAGGAGCUUCGGGGGAAGCUGGCCAUCGGCAUCACUGCCAACUUCAUCAACCACCGCACGGCCGCCGAGGGACAGGUGGCUGAGAUCAGCGGCGUGGCGCGCAUCUACAACCAGAAGUUCUUCCAGAACCUUCUCACAGAGACAGGAAUUGACCUGGAGAACAUUGUCUACUACAAAGAUGACACCCACUACUUCGUCAUGACCGCCAAGAAGAAGAGCCUGUUAAACAAAGGAGUUUUAAAGCAGGACCACAGCGACGCCGAGCAGCUCCUCUCCCCGGCCAACGUGAACCAGGACGCCCUGCACCAGUACGCCCGCGACGCGGCCCACUUCUCCACGCAGCGGCGCCUGCCCAGCCUGGAGUUCGCCCGGGACCACGCGGGCCGGCCCGACGUGGCCGUCUUCGACUUCACCUGCAUGUUCCGCGCCGAGAACGCCUCGCUGCUGAUGGAGAGGAGCGGGAGGAAGCUGCUGGUCGGCCUGGUGGGAGACUGCCUGGUGGAGCCCUUCUGGCCCCUGGGCACGGGGAUCGCUCGCGGGUUCCUGGCUGCCUUCGACGCGGCCUGGAUGGUGCGGCGUUGGGGCCUGGGGGUCCCUCCCCUGGAGGUCAUAGCCGAACGGGAGAGCAUCUACCAGCUGCUGUCUCAGACCACACCGGAGAACACCAGCAAGAACUACAACGCGUACAGCAUCAACCCAACCACGCGGUACCCCAACAUCAACCUCAGCUCCAUCAGAGCCAAUCAGGUGCAGCACCUCUGCGAUGUUGAAGACCACACCGACAGCAACAGGCAGAGCAGGAAGCAGAAAGCCAGGGUGCCACACCUGCGCCAAGACUCAGUGGGUGGUUGUGAGGACCUGCUGAGCUGGUGCCAGCAGUGCACGGUGGGGUACGAGCGGGUGAAGGUGGAGGAUCUGACCCAGUCCUGGAGAUCGGGCCUGGCACUGUGUGCCCUCAUUCACCACCACAGACCCGCCCUCAUUGACUUCUCGUCUCUCGACGAGACGGACGCCGCCCGCAAUAACCAGCUGGCGUUCGACGUGGCGGAGAGAGAGCUGGGCAUCCCCCCCAUCAUGUCCGGGAGCGACAUGGCUGCUCAGAACCAGCCCGAUCGGCUGGCCAUGGUGCUCUACCUCACCCAGUUCUACAACGCCUUUGCUCAAAGGCCUCCCCCUGCUGAAGCAGCUCUCCGCCUGGCUCCUUUCAAGCCCAUCUCGUUUGCCAGCACGCAGUCGGUGGUCAGCUUCCUGAGCAAGCUGAAGCUCAACUCCCUGCAGAGGCGCAAGGAAAAACUGGCAUUUGAAAAAGAAGACAGAGAGAGACUGAUGAGGUCGGAGAAGAAUGACGAUCCUGUGGGCUCCCCGGUGUCCCCGGGCAGCAGUGAGGUGUGUUAUUUCUGUGGGCAAAGGGUGUAUGUGCUGGAGCGGGUCAGCACCGAGGGGAAGUUCUUCCACCGCGGCUGCUUCGCCUGCCACCAGUGCGGCUCCACCCUGCGGCUCGGCAGCUACGGCUUCAGCCAGCUGACAGGAAGGUUCUUCUGUGCACAGCACUCGGAGGAGUCGGAGCUGGACCCCCCCAGCAGCACACAGGAAACUCCAGGGGGCGACAGUGAGUCUGCCCUCCCACAGUCGGAAGAGAGCCAGGAGCUCAGGCCAGCCCAGGCCAGCACAGAAACUCCAGGGGGCGACAGUGAGUCUGCCCUCCCACAGUCAGAAGAGAGCCGGGAGCUCAGGCCAGCCCAGGCCGGCACAGAGACUCCAGAAAAGAUUCAGAUCCCCGAGUCUCCAGGAGACCCCGGGCACCCGGAAUGUUCCGCCAGCCCGGGGCAUGGCUCUGGGGCGGAGCCACGGGAGCACGGCGACGCAGAGGUUGAAGGUACGGUGGCCCCAGAGGCUCAUUCGGACGACUCUCCGACCCCGGCGUCCGUCCCUACGCAGCCCGGCCGGGAAGAGGUUCCGGAUAAACUUGACGACAUCGACAUCGACAGCCACAGCGACAGCGAAGGAGAGUCCAGCGCUCUCUGCACCAGCCAGCAGGGGGCAGACAGCCCCGCUGCACCUCACCCCGUGCCGGCCGUCCGCACCUCCCACCUGGCCGUCAGGGUUCGGGUGGAGUCCUGCGACGACGCGCCCGAGGCUCCGGCCGAACCCCUGCCGGUGCCCAAACCGCGCUCCCUCCCUCCCAAGGCCCCGAGCGUCCCGCAGCUGGUCACCCCCUCGGGCGAGGAGGAGGCGCGCGGGGACGACGCGUCCCCCCAGAGGGACGAGGAGGAGGCGCACGAGGACGGCACGCCCCCCCAGAGGGACGAGGAGGGGGCCCCCCCCUGCCCCGGCACGCCCCAGGGCUCCCGGCCCAAACAGCCGCUGAGGAAGCUUCAGCUGACGCCCGAGGAGAAGAGCCAGCUGGUCAGCCUCAGCUUCGGCCAAGACUCGGACUCCGAGGCCGCCGCCUUCCUCCCCUCGCCUUCCUCCCCGUCCUCUUCCUCCUCCGCGCCCACCAAGCCCCCCCGGAACCCCCGGAGCCUGCUAUUGGCCGAGCCUGUGGAGGAGGCGGAGCCCUGGGGCAGGGGCCCGUCGGGGAGCGUGCGGGAGCAGAGCAAUCGGCGCUCCUUCAGGAGGAAGGAGGAGCCGGCGGGGCAGCAGCCGCCCUUCCCCCACAAGCCCCGCUCCAAGUUCUCCCCCUGGAACCUCUCGUCCCCGCGCCUGGGCAGGGAACACAGAUUCGGGGGCAUCGCCGGGCACCUGGAGAAGUCAGGGGCUAGAGCGCAGGUUGAUGGCAACCUAUCGGAUGAGGCAGCAGAUCAUGAAGAUGACGAUGACGACGAUGAUGAUGACGACGAAGAGGACGUUUUCGGUGGGGAUGACGUCAUGGAUCUGUUUGAUGAAAAGUUCAGUGCUCUGCCCUCUGACCCUGUGGAGGCCCAGAAGUUGGAGCUGAUGAAGAUGCGGACCCUGGAACGGCGAGCCAAACUGUGCGAGAUGCAGCGCUUCCACAAAGCACAGUCUAUUCAGCGGCGUCUGGAGGAGAUCGAGGUGACCUUCAAAGAGCUGGAGGAGAAAGGGGUGCAGCUGGAGCGCGUGCUCAGGGGAGAGGCAGGAUCGCCCGGGCCCUCUGGUAUGAUAGAUCAGUGGAUCCAGCUGGUGCACCAGAAGAACGCUUUGGUCUCAGAGGAGUCUGACCUCAUGGUGGCGUCUCGGCAACUGGAGCUGGAGGAUAAGCAGAGCAUUCUGGAGAUGGAGCUGCGCAGAUACAUGGAGAUGGACGAGUCAGAGAAGAGCUCCCAGCAGCGGGCAGAGGAGGACCGGGUGCUGCAGGAGAUGCUGGAGGUGGUGGACAUGCGGAACUCCCUGGUGGCGUUCCUGGAGGAGAAGCGGCUGAAGGAGAUCAACGAGCAGCUGCACUGCGUCUCUGUGCUGGAGCCAAAGAGAUCCCACACAGGAGGGGCUCAGGUGCACUGGGCCUGAACACUGGAGACACACACACACACACAUCCUCAGACACACACACACUCACACACACACACACACUCACACUCACACACUC